AUGGAGCAGCAGCAGCAGCAGCAGCAGCCUCAGCAGCAGCAACAGCUGACUGGUGGUGUCCCUGGUCCAGCUGGGAGAAGACUGCACAUUGCUCAUCGGCGAAGCCCCUCGGAGCUGACCCCGUUGAUGAGCAUGUUUGCCAAUCCUGGAAUGGAACAAUUGGCGAUUCAACAGAUUGAACUGUUGCAGCAGCAUCAGCAGAUCCAGGCGACCCAUCAACAGUAUGUCAACAUGGGAAUGAUACCUCCUGGCCAACCCCUAGGCCACAAUGGCGCAUUCAAUCCCUUGCAACCCAUGGGCAACGCUUUCCAGUUCCCCAACCAGAUGGGGCAGCAGAGUUUGGCCCCUGCUAGCCAACCACAUUCACAUCGCCGUAAUCAGUCGGCAAUGCCUAAUAUGGGCAUGGGUCCUCCGCCCGCGCCGUCUUCUGGUGCUUCCAGCUCCAGCUUUGGUAAUUUUGAGGCCCCUCCGGUACACAACCGAGAGAACAUCGGCGGUCGAGGGGGCAGAGGAGGCUCUGGCGGCGGCCAUCAGCGACGACACUCCCUUGCCUUGGCUGAUGCAAAGAAAGCUGCUGAGAUCGCACAGCAGAAACGCACCACGAGCGGUUUCCAGUUUCCCGCUGCCCCCGCGCCUACUUCUGAAAAACCCGACGACGAGAAUAAGCCGGUUACAUCUAACCUGGACGCGUCGGUUGCACAAGGCUCUAACCGAGGUCGCGGGGGCCAUGGCCGAAGCCAGAGCAUGGCUGCCAACGGGCGCGGAGGCUCCGGUCUCCGCAGCAGUGCUUUCAACGUCGCUGGUGAUGGCGAUGGCCGACGUGGUGGCCACGCCCGCACCGGUUCGCGAAACUUCGAAGGCAAUUGGCGUACUCCGGGCCAGAAUCAGGACCAGGGCAAUACCGGUCAAAGUUCUUCCUUUCAGCCUGGCCAUAGACCUCGGGGGUCCAUCAAUCAGUCCGUGUCGUCAACUGGUGCCUUCCAGUACAAUCCCAACCAACCCCAGCUGGUGCAGCUGCCUGGCCAAAUGAUGAUGCCUCAGAUGUACGGGCAACAGCUCAACCCGAUCCAGUUGAGCCAGCUGCAGGCUCUACAGGCUGCCCAGAUGAAUGGCCAACAGUUCCAGGGCCUCCAGACUUCGCAGCACGUUGGCCAACUCGGCGGUCAGCAGCAGCAGCAACAACAACGAAAGACCCUCUUUACUCCAUAUCUUCCUCAGGCCUCGCUCCCUGCCCUUCUAGGGGAUGGGCAGCUCGUCGCUGGUGUUCUCCGUGUAAACAAGAAGAACCGUAGCGAUGCUUACGUGACCACGCAGGAUGGCUUGCUGGAUGCUGACAUUUUCAUCUGUGGCAGCAAAGAUCGUAAUCGUGCCCUGGAAGGCGACCUCGUCGCCGUUGAGCUUCUUGAUGUUGACGAGGUUUGGUCUCAGAAGAAGGAAAAGGAAGAGAAGAAAAAGCGCAAGGAUAUCACGGAUACUCGCUCCGGCUCCACCAACCAGGGUAGCAGAGACUCGGGCAAUAACGAGGACAAUAGUGCUGCUGAAGGGGGCAUUCGACGACGCGGCAGUUUACGCCAACGACCCACACAAAAGAAGAACGACGAUGUGGAGGUUGAAGGCCAGAGCCUGCUGCUCGUUGAGGAGGAAGAGAUUAGCGACGAGCAGAAGCCACUCUAUGCUGGCCAUGUCGUCGCCGUGAUUGAACGUGUUGCCGGGCAAAUGUUCUCCGGCACCCUAGGACUGCUGCGUCCUAGUAGCCAGGCCACCAAGGAGAAGCAAGAAGCCGAACGGGCUGCCAGAGAUGGUGGUAACAGUCGCCAUAAUGACUCACGGCAGCAGGAGAAGCCCAAGAUUGUCUGGUUCAAGCCUACGGACAAGAGGGUGCCCCUCAUUGCUAUUCCUACGGAACAGGCGCCCCGAGAUUUCGUCGAGAAGCAUCAAGACUACGCCGAUCGCAUCUUUGUCGCUUGCAUCAAGCGCUGGCCUAUAACCUCACUACAUCCAUUUGGUACGCUGGUUGAGCAGCUUGGCCGCAUGGGUGAUCUCAAGGUGGAGACCGAUGCCUUACUUCGUGACAAUAACUUCUCCUCUGAUGAGUUCUCUGAUUCCGUUCUGCGUAGCGUCGGCCUCCAGGAUUGGUCCGUGGCCAAGGAGGAUGAGUCCGAAAUCGCUGCUCGUCGCGACUACAGAGAUGAAAAGGCAUUCACUAUCGAUUUCAACGGCAGUGCUGAGCUGGGAAAUGCCAUUCAUGUCAAGUCCCGCCCCGAUAGCAAGAUUGAGGUUGGCAUUCACGUACCUGAUGUCACUCAUUUUGUCAAGCCCAACUCACUCGUCGAUCGCGAGGCCAAGAAGCGUGGUACCUCUGUGCAGCUCAUCAACCGUUGCUGCGCUCUUCUCCCCCCCAAGUUGUCUAGCGACGUCUGUUCCCUAGGACCUGAUCAGGAACGCUUCACGAUCUCUGUUGUGUUCAAUGUGAACCCUAAUAACGGAUCAGUUGCCGAAGGAGACAGUUGGGUUGGCAAGAGCAUCAUCAAAAGCUCGGGAAAGCUCAGCCUGAAAGACAUGGAUCAGGCGCUGGAGAAUGCCUCGGAGCUCAAGAAUGAGGUCGUUCCCGUCAAUACCAUCCAGAUUCUGCAGGCUGUCGCCCAGAAGUUCCGCGAGGCACGCCUUGGUGCGGGCGACGCACCGAUUGCUCCUUUGCGGCUGUUCCAGCAGCUUGAUGAUGAGAACAACCCCGUCCAAGACAACAUUUUUGACUCAACGCCAGCCCUGGAGCUUGUCGAGGAGCUCAUGCACAAGGUCAACAGUUACGUUGCUCAGCGCCUUGCCGAUGGAUUGCCUGAAAAGGCGCUCCUUCGCCGCCAGGCUUCUCCCAACCCUCGCCGCCUGCAAACCUUUGUAGAUCGCAUGAAUGCUCUGGGCUAUGAUAUCGAUGCAUCUGGAAGCGGUGCGCUCCAGAACAGCCUUUUCAAGGUUGAAGACACUGAUCUUCGCAAAGGCAUGGAGACUGUGGUACUCAAAGCCAUGCACCGUGCCAAAUACUACAUUGCGGGCAAGACCGCUAAGCAAAUACGGCCGCACUACUCGCUGAACCUCCCACUCUAUACUCACUUUACAAGCCCAGCUCGUCGUUAUGCCGAUAUAAUUGUUCAUCGUCAGCUAGAGGCUGUUCUGUCGGAUGGCAAGAUUGAAUUUGCCGACGACGUGGAAAGCCUGGCCAAGACAGUCGAUUCAUGCAACACCAAGAAGGAGUCUGCCCAGAACGCACAGGACCAGAGCAUCCAUAUCGAGUCCUGCCGCACUAUGGACAAGAAGCGACAUGAGGCUAACGGAGACCUCAUUUCGGAGGGUAUCGUUCUGUGCGUAUAUGAGUCCGCUUUCGAUGUUCUUAUCCCCGAAUGGGGUUUCGAGAAGCGUGUACACUGCGAUCAGCUGCCAUUGAAGAAGGCCGAGUUCAGAAAGGACAAGCGAGUUCUCGAGCUGUACUGGGAGAAGGGCGUGCCCAGCUCCGCCUACGUUCCCGAGGACGAACGCCCCAAGGCUGCCGCUUCUCAAAGAAUGACCAAUGCCAUGGCUGCCGCCCGCCAAGCAGAGGAAGCUGAGAGAGUCAAGAAGGAGCGCGAGGAAGCGGCUCGAAAGCAGACGGUUACUGGCACCAUCUCCACCGACGAUGUUGAUGCUCUGUUUGAUGAUGACGACGAAGACAACACUUCUGACGUGACUGAAGCCAUGGCGGGAGCGUCUCUUGCCGAGCGUCCGACCCAGAGCGUUCCAGGAUCCCCUGCUCGGGCUGCCUCGAAAGCCGGUACGCUCCAUCGGACCCGUUCGGACUCGAAGGUUCCCGUUACCGACGCUGUCGAGACUCGGUUGACGAACAAGGAGAAGUACUUGAAGCUGUUCAAGCUGAGAGAAGAGGGCGGCGACUAUAUUCAGGAUGUAACAGAAAUGACUCGGGUGCCGAUCAUCCUGAAGACGGAUCUCAGCAAGAGCCCGCCAUGCCUAACCAUUCGAUCACUGAACCCAUUUGCCCUGUAA